AUGGCAAACAACGCGAUGCAGUUGCUCUACAUUUGCAUCACCCUAAGUGCUUUUGCCUGGGCAGCCCCCUCCGCCAACGAGGAUGAUCUCAACCAGGAUACCCCGUACAUGAAGGAGCUUCUCCGUCAGGCCAAAGCAGCGGAGAUUGAGAGCUUCAUGGACCAGAAGGCAGAUCCCUGCGGUGAUUUCUACACCUUUUCCUGUGGCAACUACGAGCGGAUUAACUCGGCGAUGAGCAUGCAGGUGGUUACUACAGGGGUUUUCGAGACUCUAACGAAUGGACUCAACCGGAAGAUCCUGAAGAUGCUCAACACGGCUCAUGAUACUCAUGACUCCCCCGAGGAUAUCCAAGUAAAACACUUCUACGAGUCCUGUUUGCGAAUCAGGGAACUCAACUCCACGUACAACCAGAAGUUGAGGAGCCUGAUUGCCGAGUUUGGAACGAUGCCCGUGCUGAAGGGAUCCUCGUGGAAGGAGGAGGACUUCGACUGGCUGGGCACCACCGCUCGCAUGGCCCACCGAUAUGGGAUCACUCCCGUUAUUGGCAUGGAGGUGAACAAGGAUUUGGCCAGCAAUCAGAGGAACAGGAUCUACCUGGGGCAGCAGGACUUUCCGCUGGAGGCGAGAUCUAUGUAUGUGGAUAAUGCAACGGCCAUUUACCGUCAGAAGUAUCGCUUCAAUAUUCAGCGCACUUUGCAGAGAUCCCUGGGCGUGAAAAUGGAACUGGCCAAGAAAACGGCCCGGGAGCUGAUGGACUUUGAGGUGGAUUUGGCCCAUGGACUGGUGGACGAGAGCGAGGGACUGGAUUUGAGUGAAAUGACUGAGCUACUGACUGUGGGUGAGGUGCACCGGAGGUAUUUCCCCACUUUGGACAUCAACCGAUUGAUUUCUAUCAGCAUGGGAGAGACGAUUACCGACCAGAUCUACGAGUAUAAUAAACGAUAUCAAGAAAACCUCGUCGAAGUCAUCAAGCGGACGCCCAAGCGCACCAUAGCCAACUAUAUCUUCUUCCGGCUCAUCUGGGAAUUUGUGGAAACCCCCUCCGACAAGCCGGAGAAGCAGAAGCAGGCCUGUGUGGAUCUCACCAAGAAGUUCUUCGCCAAAAACCUGGACAACAUGUUCUACCGUCGCUAUAACAACGAGAAAUCCUCCCGAGAAAUCGACAACAUGUGGCGGCAACUAAAGGCCACGUUUAAUGAGACCCUGCGUUCCAGUUCAGCUUUGGAUUGGAUUGAGCCAGCCACUCGGAAACUGGCCAUUGAUAAGCUAGAAGCCAUGACUUUAGAGGUAAACAACUACGCGGAGGAUAACUUCACCGAGGAGUUUGCGGAUCUCAAUCUGCAGAGCUCCGAUUACGUGGAGAAUGUGCGACAGACGAGUCUGCUGGGUGCCAAGCAGAUGAGGGAGAUGCUCCACCAGCCGGCCAAACCCUUCGAGGCGGGCUCCCAGCUCAGCUACACGCCGGCGAACAUCCUGAUAGAGAACACCAUCAAGGUGCCGGUGGCUUUGCUCCAACCCUUCUACAUUUGGUCCGAUGUCUACCCCAAUGCGGUGAUGUUCGGCACCUUGGCCUCGCUAAUUGGUCACGAGUUGAUCCAUGGGUUCGACGACAGCGGCAGGAAGUUCGAUGCCAAGGGAAACUCUAACGAUUGGUGGGAUGAGAGGUCCAGCGGGAAUUUCCUAGAACGACGAGAGUGUUUCACUAAGCAGUAUGGCAGGUAUGUUUACGAUGGUAUUCAGCUGAAGGAGUCCACUUCGCAGUCGGAAAACAUAGCGGAUAACGGGGGAAUGCGACUGGCCUACACCGCCUAUAGGAAGUGGUUCGAUUCCCAAAUGCCCGGGAAUCUGGCCAAGGAAACCCUGCCCAACAUGCCCUACUCCGCCAAACAGCUUUUUUUCAUCAGCUUUGCCCAGAUCUGGUGCAAUGAUGCCCAUCCCAGUGUGAAGGCAUUACAAGUAUCAACGGAUCAGCACAUGCCAGGGAAGUUCAGAGUUAUAGGUUCGCUAUCGAACUUUGAUGAGUUCUCCAAGGAGUUCAACUGCAAGGCCGGUUCGGCCAUGAAUCCCAGCGAGAAGUGCUUGCUCUACUAGAAUUUCUUUCCAUAACUUUAGAUGAUGGAAAAGUAAUUUAAUAAUUGUGUUACUAAGAAGUCAUCAAAUAAAGUUGGGACAUGUCUUAAAAAAUUCCAUGUCAUGCCAUAAAUAAUUACAA